AUGGUGCAAGACGCCAACCAACCGAGGGAGCACUUCCCGUCUCGAACAGCCUAUUGGCCCCAUCAGGAUAGAUUUCCCAUGGAACCAGUCCCCGACGAGGGCCGUUUCGCAGACUCGCAAGACAUACGGCGACCUCCUAUGGCUAUCGACAAAGCUUUACGCGAGUGCUGCAAUAUCUCAGCAGAAUUCUACGUGGUUAUACCCGUCAUAGAAGGAAAGCCCCAUAUCUUCACAGCACCCACGAUACCGGGGAUAAAUAUAUCAAGGUUUUUGGAUGUUGACGCUCUCAGUCGCGAACUACAACGCGUUCAGUCCGCUUCGAACCCCGCAUAUACCGAACCAGAAUUUGGUUUCGAAACAGAAAUUAAUCGGUACCCCAUGGACCCGGGUAGGCGUUGGGCACAGGAGCGUCGAUAUGGGCAGCCUAUGAGUUUAACAAGUUUCGAAGAUGAUGGAAACUACAAAGCUCGCAAACGCCCAAGGGCAAGCAUGAUACGGCGCGAGCCCGAGAACUAUGAUGACGAACCUACAGCAUCAUCAAGCCCCUCAAAAAGAGGCCUUACCAUCCGCGAUGACAAGGCCGUUUGGACAUUUUAUGAAGAGCGGUUCAAGACCAUUCAGCAGAGCGCAUGCAAAUUAAUUGCCAAAGCUUGGGUGAAGGCGGUUGAGCCCAAAAAGCAGUCAACACACCCUUAUACAGGUGCAGAUGAAAAAGCACCCGAUUGGUGGCCAAAGCCUUGGGGGCCAACUCGAGAACACAAGGUUAGGCACAAGGAGCCUGACCAUUUGUACAAACGCGAACGAGUUCACCUCCUCAACCAUAUUCUUCGGAUGAUAGUCGAGCCGAAUCAUACUCAACACCCAAGCAUCCAAAAGCUUUAUCUCAAUGUGAGUAAGCUAGAGGAGGUUACUAAUGAAGCCCUGUCGUCAUUCUUCACCGACAAGGACAACCCCAGCAACCUGCAAAAGAAGCCUUACUUGAAGGAAAUCUUUAAGGUUGCUCAUCUCGAGGAACGAUAUAAAGAUGGCCAAAUUGAUGGUUCAACCGUCGUCUACGUGAUGCCCAACGACCGUGUUAGUCAGGGGUAUGUAUCUGACACCGAGGAUGUAACACCUGGGAGAGAUGAGGGCGAACACAAUCCAGCUCCCAAUUCCUCCAGCUCGUCCCCGCAAAGAGCAAAUAUGCCACAAACGCUCAUGACUCAGUCGCAUAGCACUGAGCAAAGCCCCACGACUCAAAUAUCUGGAGAUGCAUUCGUAGGGGAGAUGCCAGUUCGCGGUACUCAAUACCCCCAGCCGGUUUUGGGCACUGAAAUAGGUACCGAGCGUCAGACUUUUGUGGAAGCGCCCAGUAUGCCCAGUCAAGCUCCCCUCCAUCCAUCUACAAACCUAGGCCUCCAUGAUAUGUACACCAGUCCGCACGAUUCAAGCAGAAGAUCGUCUAUGUUCACAACGCCAUCGGAAUACGCGAGCCCGGCAACCCCAACCAUGUAUCAACAAUGGCAAACCGGUUCCGCGGCACCUAGUAAUCCAUCGGCUUAUACCUUCCCACAGCAGCCCGGCAACGCUCAUCAGCCUUUUGUCGGCCACACAGGGGUCCCAAUGGCCCAAAGCCAGCAGUAUAUGGGCGCAUCAUUCGACGGUCUACCAAGAGGGGGCCAUAAUACACAACACGACGGGAUGAUUCGUUCACUCCCCCAACCUACUUUCACUAAUUAUAUGCCUCACGAGCCAGGAUCUCUUCCGGGGUCGGGUACGAAGGGUGAUACUCUUCCUCGGCACCCUACACAAUAG